AUGUUAUUUCGAUACUUGUACAGCCUGUUAGGGGUUCUACUUGCUGUGCCAUUAUGUAUAGCGUCGUCCAAUAUCGGUUCUAGACCUCAAUUGGAAUCUCGAGUAUCUGAUUUAUUCUCAAAUUCGACGGAUGCUGGUGGACAUACGAACAAUUGGGCUGUAUUAGUUUGUUCAUCUAGAUAUUGGUUCAAUUAUCGUCAUAUGGCAAACACUUUAGCAAUGUAUCGUACAUUAAAGAGAUUAGGAUUACCAGAUUCGAAUAUAAUUUUAAUGUUAGCAGAUGAUGUAGCGUGUAAUUCGAGAAAUUCAUUUCCUGCAUCUGUUUAUGCUAAUAAAGGUAAAGAAAUGGAUUUAUACGGUCAAGGUAUACAAGUUGAUUAUAGAGGAUAUGAAGUUACUGUUGAAAGUUUCUUAAGGUUAUUGACUGGUCGACAUGAUCAUACUGUACCGAGGAGUAAAAGGUUGUUAUCAGAUUCAUCUUCAAAUGUAUUCGUUUAUAUGACUGGACAUGGUGGAAACGAAUUUCUGAAAUUUCAAGAUAAUGAAGAAGUUUCAGCUUAUGACGUGGCCGAUGCUGUUGAGCAGAUGUGGGAGAAGCGAAGAUACAACAAACUGCUUUUCGCAAUCGACACAUGUCAAGCUAAUACUAUGUAUUCGAAAUUCUAUUCACCUGAGAUAAUAUCCACUGGCUCAUCCGCUUUGGGCGAGAAUAGUUAUUCUCAUCACAAUGACAUGGAUAUAGGAGUGGCUGUUAUAGAUUCAUUCACACAUUACAUUUUACAGUAUUUAGAAACGUUAGGUAAAACAUCUAAAGAGACUUUGAAAGAUUUCUUUGGAAUAUAUGAUCCUUCAAAAAUUCACUCUCAUCCAGGAAUAUCAACGUCCUUGUCAACAUCACCACCUGAAGAUAUACUCGUGACAGAUUUCUUUGGUGCAGUAGCCAAAAUCGAAAUCUCACCUAAAUCAUCCGAAUUACCAAUAUCAUCUCAUGCUUCAUAUUCGACACAAUGGGAAGAAUCGCCGAAUACCGCAAGAAAUAGAGAUGACCUGGAUAAAGAGCGUGAGGAACCGUCUUCUUCUUCUUCUUUUUCGUCCGGAGAAUCGACAUUUGGAGGUAAUGGCAAUGUUUGGAAGUCACCUUUAAGUGUUGACAAUCACAUGAAAAGGGUAUUUGGGACUUUAGGUGGAUUAAGUGGAAUAGGUUUAUUUGCGUAUUUUGCUAGCAGGAACUGA